GAACAACACGAACGAUCACUAUUCAGAUUUUUUUGGUCAAGAAUGGAGAACUCGUGUUUGUUUGAACAAGCAAAAACUGAAGAAAGCAAAGGGAAUCGCGAUAAAGCUUUGGAACAAUACACACAAUUUAUAAAUUUGACUUGUAGAAAUGACCGAUCUAACUACAGUAAAUACAUGAAAGAGAAACUUGCACUGGCCUAUAACAACCGUGGUUUCCUCCGAUAUUUACGGGUUGAUUUUGAUGAAGCCAUUGAAGAUUAUACAAGAAGUGUGAGCCUGGAUCCUGAUUUGGCCGUAACGUACUACAACCGAGGCACCAUCCACUACAGACUCAGUAGGUUUGAUAAUGCCAUAGCUGAUAUGGAAGCAGCCCUGAGACUGAAUCCAGAUUUUACCGAGGCGAGGACAGGACUGGAAAGGUCUGCAGCUGACAAACAGGAAAAGCUCAACAGAGGCUGGUGAAAACACUCAACAUAGGC